AUGACUAAGACUGAAGAGGACAAGACGGGUGUUGUGGGAGUUCCUGGUGCGUCCGCGGCUUCAUCCCAUAAUUCGGAACCGGAAGGCAUCAAUUCUAAGAAACCCUGUGAGAAAAAGAAGGGAGAGGUUGAGGACAAGGUCGCCAACAAGCUCAAUACCGAGCUCAAAGAGCUCUUGGAGGAAGCCCGCCGUAGCGAGGAGAGAUAUGAUUGUAUCAAACUUGAGAUCGACACUCUUCGCGAUUUGAAUCGCAGCAGAAGUGGCCUCAUCGAUGAAGCCAAGAAGUUGGUUCAUUCCUUAAGAGAGGAAUUGCUGGACAAAGAGAUCUCUCUGAGACAACUGCAAAACGAGAAGGAACAGCUGGAGUUGGAUCUGAGCUUGUCGAUGACGAC